UAGAGUAGAGAGAAAAAGAGCAGCCGCAAAGAUAUAAAACGCUACGUUUCAGUCCUUGCCUUCUCCUCCCGUUUCUGCCUACCUCGCUCCCCAAUCUCCCCAGCAAAGCAAGAAUCGAAAGCGCGCACACACGCACACAGAGCUCCCUCCAAGAAUCUAAAUCACUUCCUCGCGCGUCUCCUACACUCGCCAAUACUCUCUGAAUUUCAAAUUCUACCUAAUCACAGUCUCUUUUCAACCUCUCGAUCUCCUUCAUUGUCAGAAGAAGAGAAAAGAAAAGAAAAGCCAGGGCAUUGCUAACAUACCUCCAAAAGGCUGCCGUUUUGUUUCAAUAUUCGAAGAGGAAUGCAUUUGGAUUUUUGCUGGUUUGGCUUUCAAAAGUAUACAAGAAUUCCUUCUGGUUGAUUUAUCUCUCGCAUUACAUCAGGCUCUUCAUGUGUGCUCAUGUCACGCGUAAAUGAAACAUGGCUCUUCGGAAGUACAUUCCUUCAAGUGAUGCACCUUCUGGUAGUAUGAAGCCUUUGAUCUUUUCAAGUAAGGGGCGUGAGAAUGCCCACCUUGCAGAGCCAGAGACAAGUCACAGAAGGGUGAAAGAUGUGGAUGUUGACCUUAGUGAAGUUUACUUUUUAAUCAUGCAUUUCCUUUCAGCUGGGCCAUGUCAGAGAACUUAUGUACAGUUUUGGAAUGAACUUCUUGAACAUCAACUUUUACCUAGAAGAUAUCAUGCAUGGUAUUCAAGACGUGAAAGGCUUAGUGGGGAUGAAAAUGAUAAUGGUCUAUCAUUUCCAUUAAGUUACAAAAGUUUGGAGGAGCGGUAUCCUCACAUUGAGAAGAAUCACUUGGUAAAGCUUUUGAAGCAAUUGUUGCUCAAUACAGCCUCUCCAUCAGAAGGCUUGAUUUCUGAUGUUCCAAAUGCUGCUGAUGUUCCUACCCUUCUGGGAAUGGGUUCAUUUUCACUUUUGAGUUGUGAUAGAGAUAAGGGAAAUGGCCAAGUCAAGCACCCCCCUGCUCACAUGCGAUGGCCUCAUAGACAUGCUGAUCAGGUUCGUGGGUUAAGUUUGAGGGAAAUUGGGGGUGGUUUUGCAAGACACCAUCGUGCACCAUCUAUUCGUGCAACAUGCUAUGCUAUUGCAAAACCAUUAACUAUGGUUCAGAAAAUGCAAAAUGUCAAGAGAGUACGUGGACAUCGGAAUGCUGUCUAUUGUGCAAUAUUUGAUCGCUCAGGGAGAUAUGUUGUCACUGGUUCAGAUGAUCGUCUUGUAAAAAUCUGGUCCAUGGAAACUGCUUUUUGCUUAGCUAGCUGUCGUGGGCAUGAAGGGGACAUUACUGACUUGGCUGUAAAUUCAAAUAAUACCCUGGUGGCAUCCUCUUCAAAUGAUUGCAUAAUUCGAGUUUGGCGUUUGCCAGAUGGGAUGCCAAUAUCAGUUCUGCGUGGACAUUCUGCAGCUGUUACUUCCAUUGCAUUUAGUCCAAGGCCUGGUUCUGCAUACCAGCUUUUGUCAUCUUCUGAUGAUGGAACAUGUAGGAUUUGGGAUGCCAGGUCUUCCAACUUAGGUGCACGAAUAUAUGUUCCAAGGCCUCCGGAUCCUGUGGCUGGAAAGAACAGCGGUCCAUCCUCAAGUAGUGGUCCUCAGAGCCAUCAAAUUUUUUGUUGUGCAUUCAAUGCUCAUGGAAAUGUAUUUGUCACUGGUAGCUCUGACCACCUUGCUAGGGUGUGGAAUGCUCUUAAAUCCAACACGGAUGAUUCAGACCAGCCAAAUCAUGAGAUAGAUGCGUUACCUGGCCAUGAGAAUGAUGUCAACUAUGUUCAAUUUAGUGGUUGUGUCGUGCCAUCUAGAUUUUCUAUGGCUGACAGCUCAAAGGAAGAGAAUAUUCCAAAAUUUAAAAAUUCAUGGUAUUCUCAAGACAGCAUAGUUACCUGUUCUCGAGAUGGAAGUGCAAUUAUUUGGAUUCCAAAAUCACGUAGAUCUCAUGGGAAAGCUGGCCGUUGGAUACGACAUUAUCACCUGAAAGUUCCUCCUCCACCAAUGCCUCCUCAACCUCCACGAGGAGGUCCACGACAGAGAAUUCUUCCAACUCCUCGUGGGGUGAACAUGAUCGUGUGGAGUCUGGAUAAUCGUUUCGUCCUUGCUGCUAUUAUGGAUUGCAGAAUAUGUGUUUGGAAUGCUGCUGAUGGUAGUUUGGUGCAUUCUUUGACUGGUCAUACUCAAUCUACAUAUGUUCUUGAUGUUCAUCCUUUCAACCCAAGAAUAGCUAUGAGCGCUGGCUAUGAUGGAAAAACAAUAGUGUGGGAUAUUUGGGAGGGCACACCCAUCCGGAUCUAUGAAAUUUCACAUUUCAAGUUGGUAGAUGGAAAGUUUUCACCGGACGGUACAUCCAUUAUACUUUCAGAUGAUGUUGGUCAGCUGUACAUAUUAAAUACAGGCCAAGGCGAGUCCCAAAAGGAUGCUAAAUAUGAUCAGUUCUUCCUUGGUGAUUAUCGGCCUCUGAUACAAGAUGCCCACGGAAAUGUACUUGACCAGGAAACUCAACUAGUACCGUUCCGACGGAAUAUGCAAGAUCUCCUUUGUGACUCAGGGAUGAUUCCCUAUACAGAACCUUACCAAAGCACGUAUCAGCAGAGACGAUUAGGAGCUCUGGGUGUGGAGUGGAAGCCAUCUUCUAUAAGAUUUGCUGCUGGGCCAGACUUCAGUCUAGACCCAGAUAACCAAAUUCUCCCCUUGGCUGACUUGGAUGUAUUGGUUGAGCCACUGCCUGAGUUUAUAGAUGCCAUGGAUUGGGAACCAGAAAAUGACAUGCAAAGUGAUGACAAUGAUUCAGAGUACAAUGCCCCUGAAGAGUGUUCUUCUGAGGCGGAGCAAGGAAGUUCAAAUUCUAGUUCAUCUGAAGAUCCAGAAUGUACUGCAGAACACAGUGGGGCUGAGGGCGGGGAUGGUUUCCGAAGGUCUAAACGGAGAAAACAAAAGGGUGAAAUUGAGCUAAUGACUUCUUCUGGGAGGCGUGUUAAGAGGAAGAAUUUGGAUGAGUGUGAUGGAAAUUCAAUUAGAAGUGAUCGAGCUAGGAAAUCAAGGAUUGGCCGGAAAGUUUCAAAGAAGAAGUCUUCCACUUCAAAGGCCUUAAGACCUCAAAGAGCUGCUGCCCGCAAUGCGCGUAGUUUGUUUUCAAAAAUUACUGGAACAGCUACAGAUGGAGAAGAUGAAGAUGGUUCGGAAGGUGACUUAUCAGAAACUGAAUCUGGCAUGCAAGACUCAAAUAUUGAAAGUGAUGAAUCAAAUAGAUCUUUGGACAACGACAGGAACAGGAAUUUGAAGGGAAAAGAUAUCCUGGAAGAGUCUGAAGACUUUGCUGAAUCACGUGAACUUACUGAAUCUCACAUGAAUACUAUAAAUAGGAGGAGAUUGGUCUUUAAAUUGCCAGUUCGCGAUUCUAUUAAGAUUGUAUUCCCAGAAAGUGGAAUACACAAGUGUGACUACCAGGUUGAUGUGGUUGGAUCAUCGUCCAAAGCUCCUCAUGAAGCCACCGAGGUCAAUGGGGUUCCUACAAGCUCUCAAGAUCCGGGAUACUUUUCUGGUGAUGCACAUUGCAGCAGAAUGGAUGGAGGAAGAAGAGCACAGAUAGACCAUUAUCCUUUGGACCUGUCUGAAGGAUACAAAAAUGGGGAUAUCAGAUGGGGAGGUGUAAAGGCUCGUACUUCUAAGCGUCAGAGAUUAGGAGAAUCCAUUUUAUCAGCAGCAUAUACUGGAUCUAGUGCAUGCCUUGGUGAACAAAAUGAAAAUGAAAAUGAAAAUAGUCUCAGCAGAUUCUCAAAAUUUCAGGAAGAUCAUGGCACAAUACCCCCUACUUUAGAAGUUCAAAAUAAUGUGGACAAUGAAGGAGUCAUACCAGUGAAUGAAAGAAAUGCUGGGCCCGAUACCUCAGAGGUUGUAAAUGAUGUGUCCAGUGGUAAAGUGCACUCAACCUUCAACAGAUGCAUGGAUUUUGAUACAUUACCAAACCUGGGUCACAUGGCUAAUGAGAAUGACAACCCUCCUGAUCUCAGAGAGAGCUUCCCAUCUUUCUCAACAAUGAUAAGGAUAAGAUCAAAAAAGAUAUUGAAGGAUUCACUAGAUAAUCAGGGAAAUGGUGGGUGUGAUUUAUCAACUGAUAAGUCUGCAAACAUGACACAGUAUCCAGUUAAGGAGAUGCUGGAGCAUGAUGGUUCCAGUGGAAAUACUCCAGAAUAUAAAGGUGAUGGAUUGGAAGAAUCGGAUACACGAAUUGGUGAAAUUUCCUUGCCAUCCUUGGAUGACUCAGUUGGGUCCCGUUCACAUCCCAAAAAGAUGUUUGAUGUUGUUUAUAGAAGGUCAAAGCCAGGUAGAGGUAAAAUUAACUCAGAACGUGAUGGCAGCAUCAGAGAAGAAACUUCAAUUGCUUGUAACCCUCAUCUUGACUCCAGAGGGGAUUCCUAUGAAGGCACAAUUGGUGGAUCUCAUAGAUUACAUUCCAUGGGCUCAAAGGGAACACAUGAUGCAAAUAUUGCAACCAAUGAUCUCCAUUUGGGGCAGGGACAUGAAUCAGAUGAUACUUGUAGAGAUACCCACAAUGGUUCUGUUAGUAGAUUUCAGCUUCCAUGUGAAGAAUGGGGAUCAAGCUCAAGGAUGACAGUUCGAUUGAGAUCUACUAGAAACAGGAAAGCCAGUUGUCACUUUCAUGACACAAGUCCAGUAGAUGGAAAGAGGAAGUUGCAUCAGUCAGCCAAAAGGGCGUCAUGGUUAAUGUUGUCAAUGCAUGAGGAGGGCUCUCGUUACAUCCCCCAACAGGGGGAUGAAUUAGCAUACUUGAGACAGGGCCAUCAAGAGUACAUAGACUGCAUGAAGUCAAAAGAAGCAGGCCCUUGGAAGACAAUCAAGGGAAACAUAAGGGCAGUUGAAUUCUGUAAGGUUGAAGUCCUCGAGUAUGCUCCAUUUGCAGGAUCUGGGGAUAGUUGCUGCAAAAUGACGCUUAAAUUUAUAGAUCCUACUUCCAGUGCAUUUCAGAGAUCAUUCAAAUUAACUCUACCUGAAAUGACUGGCUUCCCAGAUUUUCUUGUUGAAAAAACUCGGUUUGAUGCUGCCAUACAGAGGGAUUGGAGUCGCAGGGAUAAAUGUAAGGUCUGGUGGAAAAAUGAGGGUGAAGAAGAUGGUGAUUGGUGGUAUGGCCGGGUUUUAUAUACAAAGCCCAAAUCUUCUGAAUUUCCUGAGAGUCCAUGGGAGAGGUGUGCUGUUCAGUAUAAGAGUGAUCCCAAAGAACUGCAUCAUCACAGUCCGUGGGAGCUUUUUGAUGAUGGUACCAUGUUUGAGCAGCCUCAUAUAGAUGAGGAGACUAUGAACAAGUUGCUGUUUGCCUUCUCCAAACUAGAGCGAGCAGGCCAAAAACACCAGGAUCAUUAUGGGGUUGAAAAGCUAAGGCAAGUUUCGCAGACGUCUCGUUUUACUAACGGGUUUGCAGUUCCAUUGUCUCUUGAAGUGAUCCAGGCAAGGUUAGAAAACAACUACUAUAGAAGCUUGGAGGCAUUGAAGCAUGACUUUGAAGUCAUGUUGUUGAAUGCAGAAUCAUACUUUGCGAAGAAGGCAGAGCUCUUGACGAAAAUGAAACGUUUAUCAAACUGGUUCACACGGACAUUAUCGUCUUUGUAACCUCAAAUUGUUGUGAUAUCAGUUGGGCCGUUCUGUUUUUUCCUCCCGUAUUUUUUGUAUAUAAUUUUUUUUACUCGUAGAUAUUUUUUCCUCUAGCUUCAAUUUUGGGAAUCGGAGAAAUCUCCACUUAAGAUUCUUUCUUGUAUAGACAACUUUGUCAGCAUCGUCAUUAAUAAUAACAGAAACACAGAAAAUCUCAACAUUUCCUUCGA